AUGGCAUUGAUACAAAGGACUCCAGCAGGCAUCCUUAGCUGCCUGGCAGCCUGCUUCUCUACGACUGCUCUCGCCACUUUCGUCACGUUGUUCGCAGCCACCGUGCUCGUACCCACUCCCAUACAUACGCAAGCAACUGUGGCUGCUGUGUUUGACAUUCUGGCGAUCAUGGUUCUUUUCGUUUUCGUAGUGUUUUACACCUGCACUGCUCGCAAUCUCAAGGCUCACAGAUGGACUCUGGCAGUUGUAGUACUCACGCCAUUCGCAAUCGCAAUGAUCCUCUCGAUCUACGUUCUUGGUUGGAUGUACAACAAUCUGCCGCUUAUCGAAACACAUGGUCACUCUACCAAUCUUGCAUCCAUGGUUGCCGCAGCUCUCGCAAUGUGGGUUCUAUCACUCAUCACCCUUGGCGUCUAUGGUGGGCUCUAUUGGAGGUCAAAGUCAUCAUUGCCCGAUUCGGUUCUUUUCACUUCAGAUCCACUUCAAAGCUGCAUGGACCUCGGAGAGCAAAAGACUCAAGCGCUCUCUUUGAACACUCUAUCUCCCUACUCAGCGAACUUCAAUCGACCAGUGUCAACAUUUUCCGAUGCAUCUGAAGAGCAAUCGACCAGCAUCAAGUCCUCUGUUCGCAAUUCUGUAUCACACUUCCUCCGACAAGGCAAGGGCUCGAAGAACGCACCUAAGCAUUCGAAAGAGAGUGUGCGAUCGGACUCGAUCUCCGAGCGCAGACCUUCGGAUGGGUUUGAGACUUGGAGCGUUGUACCGACCCCUACCGCCGUUGAGGCAACAGAUGCUCGGACAGCUCUGCACGUCGCACAACCACAUCGACUCGAGACCAUCCCUGGCAGCAGACCAGUAUCCCCUGCCUACCCUCUUGAUGGACCUUUUCCUGAGGCAUGCGAGGAAGACGAAGAGGCUGACGAAGUGCCCGAAUCACCCGAAUUUCCUCCUUUUGCACCAGCCUUGAAUCGUCGCCCGUCACAUCAACAACUGAACCAGGAUCAGACGCAUAUUCAUCCUUUGUUCCGCAGCGAUAGUCCUUUGCCCUCCCCUGCUGCUUCUCCUGGCACCAUCAUCACCUCUUCACCAUUUGCCGGCCAGGUUGUCAGUCCUAGUGAUCCCGCGUUUGGCUCACGUAGCCGUAAAGGCUCUGCAUUAGGUUCGCGACCGUCCAGCCCAAACGCCAGUCUCAUUCGCUCUGGUAGUGCUCUGAGUCUGAGCAGACCAGCCAGCUCACGGAGCAUCCGAGGACUUGCAGCACAACAAAGACCUCGAGUGGUCAUGAGUCCUAGUCUUGGAGAUUUGAGGGCGGAAUGCGACAUGUCCAUUCAANAACCAAGGCCAACACUACACAAGCGUGAACGGUCCGCUUGA